AUGUCCAGGAACCUUACUGAAGAACAGAUUGCUGAGUUCAAGGAGGCAUUCGCCUUGUUUGACAAAGACAACAACGGCUCAAUUACAUCCUCGGAAUUGGCCACCGUGAUGAGAUCUCUGGGUCUAUCGCCAAGCGAGGCCGAGGUUUCCGACUUGAUGAAUGAGAUCGAUGUCAAUGGAAACCACAAGAUCGAGUUCAGCGAGUUUUUGGCGCUAAUGUCGCGCCAGCUAAAGUCCAAUGAUUCGGAGCAAGAAUUGCUUGAGGCUUUUAAGGUCUUCGACAAGAAUGGCGACGGGCUGAUUUCAGCCGCCGAGCUGAAGCACGUUCUGACCUCCAUUGGUGAGAAGCUGACAGACGCCGAAGUUGAUGAGAUGCUCAGAGAAGUCAGUGACGGCAGUGGUGAGAUCAACAUCAAACAGUUUGCUGCACUUCUCUCGAAAUGA